AUGUUGCGAAGUUUAUGUUAUAAGAGUGAAAGGAGAGUUUUUUUUUCCCGAAGUUGAUAAAGUUUUUGAAUUUGAUGAGGGAUUAGCAGUUUACUUGGUUAGAAGUACUGGAAGAAAUGGGCAAGUUUUAUAGCUUCAAGCUGAAGACAUGUCACUUCAUUGGUGAUUGCCUUGUUCGCAUUAUCUGAAAGCAAAACCACGCGAUUAAGUUGAUGCUGUGGAUGAUCUCAAAACAUGUAGUCCAUAGUUGUCUCUUGAUGAUUAAUAUAAGCCUGUGUAAAUGGGGUGUUCUUUGGCAAUCGAAACAUCUGCAUUUAAUUAGUUGGUGUGUGUAAAACAGGAAGUUUACACAAUAAUCAAAUUAUGAUUUGAAAUCUGUCAAAAUGGUUGUCAGAUGGCCAAAAAUUGAAUCAGACAGGCCACCUGAAUAUCCACAUGAAUUUGUUUCCAGAGAAUGAAAACAAAGCAGUCCCACGUCGAAAUGAUAUGUCUUCGGGUUGGAGCUAUAAAACUUGAUCAUUCACCAAAGCUUUCUCAAUCAACCACUCCUAAAUCACUCAUUGCAUUCCUCUCAUCUUCAAAAAACUUAUCUCCUUUGGUUCCUUAUCUGAAUUCUGAAACCCACAAAAUGAUAAGUACAAAGAAGCUUAUCAAAAUGGCAAGGAAAUGGCAAAGAUUAGCAGCUGCUAGCAGAAGAAGAAUUUCUUGGUCAAGAUCAGUGGCUGAUAAGGGUCACUUUGUUGUUUACACAAGUGAUAAAAGACGAUUCAUGAUUCCUUUGAUAUACCUCAAGAGCGAGAUUUUCACAGAGCUCUUUAGAAUGGCCGAGGAAGAGUUUGGAGUAGAAAGUUCAGGGCCAAUUAUGCUGCCUUGUGAUUCGAGCUUCAUGGAGUACGUAAUCUCCAUGAUUCAAAGACAUGUCACUGAAGAUAUGGAGAAGGCAUUGAUCAUGUCUUUAGCCACCUGCAGAUACUCAUCAUUGUCAAAUGGCCUUCAAGAACAACCCAAUCAACAAUUAUUUAUCUGUAGCUUUUAGAAAUGUUUUCUAUUUUUAAGUAGGAAACAUAUACGUGUACAAAUUUACAAAGAGGAAAUUAAUGAAAUUUCCUGCGGAAGUUCAAAUCAGAUAGCCUUGUCACUUUAGCAGCAAUACACACGUUAUCUUUUCAUGA